UGCUUAUUGUUUGGCUACCCGGCUGCACGCUGCUCUUCUGCUGUCUAAUGUAGCCGAGCCGCAACACCUCUGCCUAUGGGCUACUUUUUGCUCACUUAAGAUGUCUUCCAACCUAGUUUCGCCCCACGUGCUGUGAGUUUUUGUUUCACCCAUGGCUCUGUGAAGGAAAAAAUGUAUUCAAACUACUCAACUCCUAUCGACUCCAAUCUUUCAGGCGUUGACCCCCAGAGGCUGCACGAGCUCACUCACCGGAAUGUCAAAGUAAGCAUUAUCAUCGUUCUGGGCGUGAUGAUCACUGUGGGAAACAUUGCGGUGCUUUUGGUUAUCACUUCCUCCGUGGCUGGUUGGUCGAGAAACUCUCGGUACUUUCUGCUCUCUCUCACUGCUGCAGACUCUGCAUUUGGACUGCUGGUCAUGCCGUUGAAUCUGUGGGUUAGUCUGCUGAAGGACUACACUGAGGGCCCGGAUGCUCUUUGUCACGUCGUGGCCUUUUGCAAUGCCACCGUGUACUCCACCUGCAUGUACACACUGGCCACGAUAAGCCUGGAGAGGUACAUAGCAGUGUUUUACCCGCUGCAGUACUCCUCUCUGAUGACCAGAAAAAGGGCACUGCUCCUGAUUGCCUUCGCCUGGUGCUUCCCUCCGUUUUUACUGUCGCCAGUUUCAAUCCCAGGUGGCAUUAUCCAGGUUCAUUUUUCUACUGCUUCACUGGUUUGCAAUCCGUCCUACUCCACAAACGCUGGAUACUCCCUGAGCCUGUUGUGUUUAAUAUUUUUCCCCUGCUCCAUCAUCAUGACAUACGCCAACCUGAGAGUGUGGUGCGCAGCCAAGAGACAGAGACUGAAACUGCGCAAAUAUGACAGUGCGCGUCGCAGCAGGCACAAUGUGGCAUCCAGGGUUCUCGUGCCUGUUAUGGCAGCCUACUACACCUGUUGGACACCCUGCAUGGCAGCUAUGAUCUACAAUGCAGUAUCAGGAAGCAGCGUACCAGAGUGGAUUGAAUUUGUGGUGGUCUGGCUGCCAACAUCCAAUGGUUUCCUCAACUGCAUCUUCUACUUCUGGAUAAACCGAAGCUUCCGUAGGAAAUUCAGGCUUGUCCUCCAACAGCUGACUCUGUCCAUUUGCCCCAAACUGGCCAACUCCUUUGGGUGCUGCAGCUCUUCAAACGCACAGUUCGUGUCAGGAAUACACAACAAUAACAACAGUGUUCAUGAGCGAUCCUCCAGUGUAUCAUCCACCUGCACAUUGUUGAGUUUAGCUUAGGAGAAAGACCACCUUCAGGCAGGGUAAGGGACGAGGUCAGUGACCUCUCUGGGGUCUUUUAUUGUCCCCCAGGCUGUCAGCUAAAGCCAGAUAUCAGCAUGUCCCUCUACAAGGUACCAAGGGUAAGAAAUGAAGGAAUGGGUUGAUGCAUAGUGAGGUUAUGAUGGCAAGAUUUGAAACAACCACUGUACAGUCUUUAUCAUUAUAAUUUAAGUUAUAUUGAUUAUUGUACAUUUCUCCUUUUAUUUUAUUUUAUCCAUUUUCAUACUGAUCAGUUUUCAGUUGACUGCAACACGGGCUCAAUUUAUAACUUAUUCUAUUUUUGUUUUGUUUUACGUUAGCACACAACUUUGCCAGGACUUGAUUUACUUCAAAGACGGCUUCUUAAACCACUGUUUUAGUUGUUUUAUAGUCAGCCAUCAACCUUGCCUGUGCCCCAGAAAUGUUUGCCUUUAUUCUGCAGACAUUUAUAAAAUCAGUGUUUUAAUAGUUUAAACUUGGUGCGUUUAGAUGUGUUGCCUUAGUCAACGUAUUUCACCCUAAAUGUCUCAGGUUAGUCAACUGGUUCAUAACAAGAAACUGAUAUUUUUACUGCUGUUCAUACGAGACAUUUGUGAGCUUACUAUCUGAUUACAAGCACUUUGAAGGAUUGAGGACAUCAGCCUCGCCUUCAAUUUGUUCUCUGCGUCAAAGACCUUGGCAUAUAACAGCUGGGAGAAGUUAACCUUUAAGUCACGGCAUUUCAGAGUAUGCAAGGAGGAAAGUAAUUAAAUAGCUACAGUGGAGAAAGGUCAUCGCAUUUAUGCUGGCAAGAGAUGACUUGGCUAACUUCUGUGGCUGUGGUUGUUUAUUUUGAGAUAAUAAGUUGAUCUAACUGAUAUGAUGCAGAAUCAAACAUUUUAUGCAACUUAUUUUAGAGUUGGAGUUGCUCCUUGGUGACACUAUGGCAAAUGCCGGCCCGCCAAAAAAAAAAAGUCAAAUGUCUUUUAUGUGUUGGGCAUCACAAGAGCUGUCACGGCUUUAUGUGAAAAACUGUCCCAGCUUAAUUAUGUAAAUGUUUUGUUAUGUUUCUAAAUGCCACAUUUUUAAAAAAGAUGAAAAAGUGUUUAAUGGUUUCUGGAUAUCUAUGAAAUAAAGUAUCAUGUCGAAA